AUGGUGACCUCGGCGUUGCUUGCUCUGCUGCUGCUCAUUGCCCUUCUCUCCUUUCUCCUCCUCCUCUUCUCCACUGUUGGUGUUAACCCUGGUGCACUGAUCAGGAAGCGCGCCGACGACGGCCAGCGGCGGCUGCCUCCGUCGCCGCCCGGGUUGCCGCUCCUGGGCCACCUCCACCUACUGGGAAGCCUGCCGCACCGAUCGCUGCGGUCGCUCGCGGCGGCGCACGGGCCCGUCAUGCUCCUGCGCCUAGGCCGGGUGCCGACGGUGGUGGCGUCGUCGGCGGCCGCGGCGGAGGAGGCCAUGAAGACCCGGGACCUGGCCUUCUCGGGGCGCCCCAGGCUGCUGAUGGCGGAGCGCCUCCUGUACGGCCGCGACGUGGGCUUCGCGCCCUACGGCGAGUACUGGCGCCAGGCGCGGCGCGUGUGCGCCGUCCACCUCCUCAGCCCGCGCCGCACCGCCUCGUUCAGCCGCGCCCGGGAGCAGGAGGUCGCCGCGCUGGCCGCUCGCGUCCGCGCCAGCGACGACGGAACGGGCGCCGUCAAUCUCAGCGACGCCCUCAUCUGCUACUCAAAGGCCAUCAUCUCGCGCGCGGCGUUCGGGGACGGGGACUACGGACUCCACGGCGACGAGGGCGGCGAGAAGCUGCGGCGCGUGCUCGCCGACUUCCAGGAGCUGCUCCUCGCGACGCCCAUGCGGGAGGUGUCGCCGUGGCUCGGGUGGGUCGACACGCUGACCGGGCUGGAGGCCAAGACGAGGCGCACCUUCGAGGCGCUCGACGGCUUGCUCGAGCGGGUCAUCGCGGACCACCGCCGUAGACGGCGUCCUGGGCCUGGAGGGGACGGCCGGCCGGAUGUUGACGGCGCUGGUGCCGACGACGAUCACCGGGAUUUCGUCGACGUGUUGCUGGAUGUGAACGAGAUGGACAACGACGCUGGGCUCCGGCUCGGCACGGACAGCAUCAAGGCAAUCAUCAUGGACGUGUUUGCUGCCGGCACUGACACUUCGUACACGGUGCUGGGAUGGGCCAUGGCGGAGCUCAUGAACCACCCGAACGAGAUGCGAAGGCUGCAGGCCGAGGUCCGCGGUGCCAUCGCCGGCAAGGACGCCGGCCGCCGCGACGUAACCGAGGAGCACCUGGACAGGAUGCCGUACCUGAAGGCGGUGAUCAGCGAGACGAUGAGGCUGCACGCGCCGGCGCCGCUCCUGAUCCUGCGCGAGACGACGGAGGACACGGAGCUGCUGGGGCACCGCGUGCCGGCGCGCACGCGGGUGGUGAUCAACGCGUGGGCCAUCGGCCGGGACCCCGCGGUGUGGGAGCGCGCGGAGGAGUUCGUGCCGGAGCGGGCGCCGGCGCGCCACCGGUGGAGUACAGCUACAGCAAAGGUGGGGGUGGGGCAGGACUUCAGGUCCGUGCCGUUCGGCGCCGGGAGGAGGGGGUGCCCCGGCGCCGGGUUCGCCGCGCCGACUGUCGAGCUCGCUCUCGCCAACUUGCUGUAUCACUUCGACUGGGCCGCGCCGACGGCGCACGGCGGCGGCGUGGGGACGCCGCCCGUGGACUUGAGCGAGGUGUACGGGCUCUCUGUCCGGCUCAGGACGCCGCUGAUCCUCGUCGCCAAACCAUGGCUAGGAUGA